UACUGAAAAUUGUAACGGGUGGAUGUGACGUUAAAGUGACGACACAUAAAAUAAAUAUUAAACAAACAUAAGCAGUUCAAUUUAAAUAUUGGAGCGAUGGAUAUUUUGGACAUCGAUGAAGCGCUAAAAGAUGAUUCUUUUAUUUGUUUGGAAGAUAAAACACACGAUGACGUUUCGAAUAUUUUGCAGCAAUGGAAAAGCAACAAUUGUCUUCUACCAGCACAGUAUCAACAAGAGCAAGCCUACAAACUAAAUUCAAGAACGUUUACUCGACCUCGCAGGAAGUCAACGCAAAAUCUAGAGCAACAUUUCUCUCACAGUUCCGGAAACAAUGGCGUACAGACGGUGCUUCCCACACACCAUGAACAGCUGCAACACAAGUUCACAAUCGCAACUCCACAACCCGCAUUUAAUUUAGAAAUAGGUGGUCUUGUUACAACAAUGCAUAAGUCGUUUCUGCAAGACACCUCACCGCCAUCAUCCAUAUGUUCCUCCAUGGAGAUGUCAAUGGAACGCAUGAAUAACUCAUUAAUCACAUCUGCCGACUUCACGAACAUUAACUUCCUACAAUCGACUCAAAGCCUUGAUUUCAACGAACCGACACUUAAUGGCAGCGAAUUAUUCAACUUGGCGAAUAAGGCUACCAAUGAUGGUUAUACUUUAAGUGACAUGAUACGCGACCGUAAAGCAUUAGAAUCGUUAACACUGUCGGGUGAUGGAACACUAAUAAAAGAUUCACAUAUUUGCCAGAUCGAUGAUAUAUCGCUCGCUUUUAGUAAAACUGCGUCAGGUUCCAGUACAAUGGAUAAUUCCACUGAGAGCAUGCAAGAGGACAAUCAGCAGCAACAACAACGUAACGGUAUAAUAGCAGCACCAAAUGCACACCCAGUGGGUGUGUUUGACAACAGUGCGCCGGAAAGCAAAAGCAACAUUAUGCAUCGUACAAUGUUGCUUAGCGAUGAGGUGAUCAGCGAUACAACUUUCCAACUGGUUGAGAGUAGUCUAUGUGAGAACAAUAUUAAUGGUAAUGAUAAUGCAGCACCAGCCAUGCCAACAAAACCAGCUAAUGAAACUUUCAAACGACCCUGGAACAUGGAUGAAACUGUUUGUAUACCGAAUAAAGCAAAUGCAACAUACGAAUUCAAACAGUUAACACCAGAUGCACGUUUAGCUGCGGAAACGCGUUGUGAGACACCGGAAAAUAUGGCGGAAGCUUUAACUUCACGCAAAUUCUACGAAUCAACACCACAUGCUGCGGGUCUGAACGCAGGCGCACAACUAAAUACACCAACAACGUCGAAAUUGUAUGCGGAUGAGGUGAAUCUCUCGCCCAUAGUGGCUGCAACGGAGCAGUUGAAUGCCACUGCCACACGUGUGCUGAGUGAAAUUUUCGGUCAAGAGUGUGAUGUAAAAAAAGUGAAUACGAAAACAUUUUCCGGCACGCUACCGCGACUUGAGAGUAUCGAACAAAUGCUAGAUGAUAUUGAAAAUCCGAAUGAGACCUACGAGAAACCCGGUGCAAAAACACAAGUGCUACAGCAUAGCGCAGCCGACAUACAAAUGCAGAAUGUGUUGGAAUUGGCGCAUGCCGAAGAGGAGCUUUUAGCUAGCAAUAACGAUCAGGAAUUCGAGGAUAUGCUGGAGGAGUUCAGCAAAGUGGAAGUCAAUGCGGAGCAUAUGAAAAUGAAGAAAUCAUUGGAGACAAUAAAAAGACGUUUUCAUCGCGACACCACAACUGUAACAAAAGCGCUAACUUCGCAACAGGCACAUAAAACUGACGAUACUACUGAUAAGCCAACAGAAAUGCAUACGUACGACGCAUACGAACAACGGCGCAAUGCGGAUGCAGCUGCUAGCGUCAACAGCGAUAGUACAGCGCCUUCUGGCAUAUCGUCACCCUCACCCUCGUCCGCGUCAAUAUCCGUCUCUUCCGCAGCAUCUUCGUUGGCGGCCAGUGGCGUUGGUAAUGUCAGCGGCGCAGGCGAACGGUUGCUUAGUCGGCGCAGUCGUCUUUAUGAUAAUAUAAAUCUCUCAACGAUUUCCGCCGGUAGCAGCAACACGCAAUCGCCAUCACGCUCACUGGGUGCCUCGUUCACCGUGCAUAAACGAGAUGAUAGUGCACAAGAGGAUUGCGCGGCAGCUGACGCAGUAGCAAAACAAGAGACUGAUUGUAAAAAUGAGGUGCAAGAAAAUAAUUUUGGCAAGACUGAAGGCGCAAUUGAAAAUAGCAACACCAUAGCGGUUGCGAAUUAUAACGGUGUGGGCACAUAUAAACUCUCCGAACGUCGGGAGCGUGAUCGUGAUCGCUUCAAAACAAUCAAAAUCGUAAAAUCACGCAAUGCCGGUGAUGACUUAAUAGCAGUGAAUGUGCCUUGUAUUGAUGACGACGUUUCGCUUACUGCCGACGGUGGUACGACUGUCUUUAACAACAACAAAUCGGAAAUUGAAACUGAGCAUAAUCUUAAGUUGUGCACGGAUAGCCAAAGCACCCUUACGCGUCCAACAAACGCUUCAAAAAUAAAUCCGAAUUUCCUUACCUACAAAAAGCCGAAAGACAAACUAACAAAUGUUGCUAAUUUGCCGGAAAUAGUUAGCGCGCCUUUAACGGCUGCAACAGCUAACGGCAGCAGUGAGGAGCUUGAAAAUCCACCAGUACCGCCUAGCCGGCUACGUUCACGAUCGCGUCCGCGAUAUAUAUCGGGUUUGCAAAAGAUGACUGUCGUGAAAGCAACAUCGGCUGGCGACUUGGAUCGUGCUACAGCACUCGGUAUACGACCACCUACUGCUAGCGUCAGUCAUGCCGCGCUAAAUACCAUUCAGCACAUCAAUGCAACAACAGUUGUUGUUGAGCCCGCUAAAUAUAGUCGUAACGCACAACCUUUAAAAACCACAACAACAGCCGAGGUGAAAAGUCCCAUGGGCACAAAAUCGAAGUCCUUCCACAAUUUAUCAAGCAAUUUUGGUUUUAAUGGCGGUACUGGCUUACCCGGGCCACGCGCUAAUAGUUUCGGUUUGAAGAAACCAACCGUCUAUGAAGGCGCUGGUGCUCCCAAUGAUCGCAUUGCAAAUGGUCUGUCGUCGAACUCCUCACUUCCUCAGCAGGCCGACGAGUCUGUCUUCAAAGUUCCCAAAUUGGUGUCCGGCCUGCGUGCGCCUGGUGUCAAACGUGCCGGCUUAGUGCGUCCUUCCUCCGCUUACUACAGUCUCAACAGUCUUGCCGUUAAGGGUAUGCCACCACUACCGCAACCGCCGUUAGUGAACGACAUCGACUCGGAUGGCGGUCGACAUUCGCCCACCGAUAGCAUGUCUUCAGCUUCGUCACGCGGCAGCAUACAAAAUGGUGGCUUAAUUGCUGGAAAACCGAACAGUACUAAUAAUACAGCAACAAAAGUAACUAGUAAUACAACAAAUACAAAUACCUUGAAUCUGACUAAGUUCACCACUGGCUCAAAGGGCAUACCGAAGCCAUCUGGUUUGCGCCCGCCAACAACAACAAACAUGAAGCGUAGCGGUUUACCGAAACCAGUAACAGGCCUCACACGACGAUAAACUUUACAUUAUUAUAUAGCUGUACACAUUAAAUCGACGUAUUAUAUAUAUAAAUGUACUAACUACUAAGCGACACAUACAUACCUACAUAUAUUUAAAAGCGUGUAAAUCAAACGAAAGUAUGUAAAAACAGUUGGCAAUGCUACCACGUAGUUGUUAGAAAAGAAAUGUAAAACAUAACUGCGGGCAUUGCUGUAUGCUCUCUAAGUUGCCCCAACGUAUGUAUGUAUAUUAUUUUUAUAUAACUAUUUUUUUUUAUUAUGACACCAAAUCGAUACUUGUACUUUAUGUAUUACGGAGAAGACAAAACAAAAUAAGCGAAAACACAAAUGUAAUGAACAAAAAUCAUCAUAUUGUAUACAUAAUUAUAAAUUUCUGAGAUACGUCAAAUUCGAAUAUUAGCAAUGCAUAUAAUUAUUUAUUUUCCUAAGAGAAAUUAACUAUUUCAAUUAUAUGUAAAUGCCGUUAAUUAAGUUUAGAGCAAAGAAAAAAAAAACAAAGAAAAAACAACAACAUAUGUUUCACAAAUCGCAAAUAACUGCAAUUUAACUACAGUGAGAGAAAGAUAGAAAGGGAGAGUGUGUUAUUUGUAAAAAAAUGUCGCGUGUGCGCGGCAUUUACAAGUUUCUACAUACGUACAUAUGUAUAAGAAGUUAUAUCAGGGGAAGGAAUAAGCAAGAAGUAUGCCUUAUUUUUAAAACUGUUACACGAAUGGCUGUUCGAGGCCGUCGUCAGCGUCAUGCACUCGUCAUGAGCUCAAUGGUAAAAAGAGUUGUCUUCAGUUUAUUACAUUUUGUUAUUGUAAUUUAGGCUUGUAGUGUUAUGUGCAUACACACACGCAUACGUAUGUAUGUAGUUUGUGCGCGGGAAGAGGGGGAUCUAAAAAACACUAAAAUGAUAACAAUAACUAUUGCUCAUGUUCGAAAUGUACGAAGCAAAAAGAGUGUUAUAUUAAAAAAAAUACGAAUUUCAUAUUAUAAAAACAUAAAAAACUUGAAAUAAAAACAUAAGUCUUGAAGCCUGAGUUGCUAAAAGUAAAAAAAAGGUAAAAUUGUGCUCAUUAUUUGUCUAAAAGAAAUUUUGUGGAGAUUUUGUUAUAUGCCACAUUAUAAAUUUUUCUUUUUUCACGCAUAACCAUAUACAUUAAUACAUAUACAUACAUACAUUGCAUUAAAAAAAUUUAAAAUUAUUAUUGUGCCAAUUUGUACUGCUACAACAACAAACAUUGCAAAUCAGCAAAAACUGUAUUAUUUAGCAUAACCAUUUGAUGGUAAUAUUUACAAAAAAAAAAGAAAAAUUAAGAGAAAUUGUUUACACUCACACGCUUUCUAGUGAACAUACCAUAUACCACACGAGCACUCGAUUAUUAACGCUCAAAGCUUAUUAUUAUUACUAUAUAUCGUUGUUUUUGUUCUGUUAAAUGCCAAGGUCAUUUGCUUGCGCGCAAAUUUAUCAGUGACUGCAUAACUACAACAAAAAAGGUUACGUCAAUUCGAUAAGUGGGCCCAUCCGCUGUACACACGCAGUCCUACAUAAACACACAUACACAAACAGCAUGCAUUACAUAGUGUUUAUAUAGUAUAUUAAUGUUUAUUAUACAUAUAUAUAUGUAUAUAUAUUCGCUAAGAAUAUAUAUACAUUCAUACUGUGCUUUACGCCGCGCUUUUUGAAAACAUAAUUUGCAUUAAUGCCGCACAGCAUACACUAUACACGCACGCACACCUUACAUAUAUGUAUAUGUGGCGACGUGCGUGUUGUUAUGGCGAUUUUAUGCGCAAUGGCUCAUUUUGAACGCUAGCUCUAUAAUGUUCUAUUGCGCUACAGUAUUUUUUUUUAUUUCAAAUAUUAUUUUGCGUCAAAUUUAAAGCGUCACACUUUUGAGCUUAACGGAAAUAAACGUUCAUAUCAAAUGUCAAACAAAAAGUGACUAGUUGGAGUAGGCGAGUGGCGAAUAAUAUGCGUUGGUUGUUAUGACAAUACAUACUCACAUACAUAUAUAUUCACGAACAUGUGUGCGAAAAGUAACAGAAUAUUUCAAUUUAAGAAAUGCAAAUGAGCCAUAAGGAAUAAACUGCAAUUAAAAUACUUGUAAAAUUCAUAUUGUGUAAUACAUUAAAAUAUGUUGAAAUUUAAAUUUAUGUUAUGUUUUGCGUGUAAUAUUAAGUGUUUUCAACAUUUUUUAAAUUUCGAACAUAAGAACGUUUAAAUACCUUUAAACUUAUUACAUAAAGCUAUUAGCUUAGUAUUGCAAUAAAAUCGAUUUUCUAAAUUCGAAUAUAAAAAGAAUAAAUUUUUUGAACUCAAAAUGUAAAAAAGUUAUCUAUUAAACACAUUGAGGUUGCUUCAAUAUUUUGUAAAUUUCAAAUUUAUGUUCGAAGUGCAGUUAUUAAGUUAAAAUUAUAGCUUUUCGAAAAUCUAAUUAAAGAAUCAUUCAAUAUAUUCAUGGUUGCAAGUAAUGCAUUAAAUAAUAACUGGUUUAACGUUUGAAAAAAAAAAAAAUAAAAAUUUAUUAAAAAAUGAAAAUCUCGCUUUUAAUCUCAACAACAGGAUUAAAAGGUGCCAAUUUAAUUUUUAUUUCAAAAUUUUUUUAAUAAAAAACUUCGCAACCUGAAUAUAUUUGAUAAGGUACUAACUUUCUUUAGAUUAUACGAAUUUAAAAUAUACACAAAAUGUUUUACAAAACAAAUUUAAGUUCUGCACACUUUUUUUUUUAAAUUUCGAACAAAAGUUCGAAACGAGUACGAAUGUGCAGAAGCGAUCGACUUCAAAACUGGGUAUAGUUGAAUAUGUUUGCUAUACAAUAGACUACGUUCUUUUUGAUUGGUUGAAAAUUGUCAAUUUGGCAUUAAAAACAUCUAUUUUUUACCUAAAAAACUUUUUUUUUUUUAAUAUUUUCUUAAUUUUUGAUAUUUUUCAAAGAUCGUAGUUCACUGUAUAGGAAAUAUUUUUAAGUUUAAAAAACUUCUCAAUUUUUUUUGUUCGAGCUACUCAUUCGGCCGGAAUCAUGCCAGCAGUUGGGGCACUUUUUUUUGGCACCUCCGAAGAGAGCCCAUAACACCGUUAUUUUUUAACAUUUUUGUAAAAAAAAAAAUCUUAAAAUAUAGCUGAAAAUAUACCUUAAUACGUUCAAAGAAGUUUGAAAUAUUCAAUCGCGUACUUUCUCUUAAAAAAUCGCUUAAUUUUUCAUGCGUCAUACUGGUAUAGUCCCUUAAUGUUGUGAGUGGAAAACUUGAUUUUCUGCUCAAUAAAAAAUUAUGACAAUUUAGAAAAUUAUCAGCAAUUUUGUAUUGAAUUUCAAACUGAAAUGAACUUGUAUUUUAAAGGCACAAUUAACUUUCGAAUAUAAAACAAUACAUUUCUGUUUGCAUAUUUGCAGAAUUCAGAUUUUCGGAAGUGAUUUGUGUAACAUAUACAUAUACUUACAUACAUAUGUAUGUAUAUAUUAAUAUUUUUAAAUAUUAUCUGCAAAUAAGCAAGUAUUGUCUUAACAAUCAGCAUAUUCAUUUGUAAAACCGAUUAGCAAUUUAAUUGCGACAUACUGCAUUAACAAACAUAUACAUACAUAUUAUAAAAUAAGUUUAACUAAUCGUCAUUCAUUUGAAAAUAUCCUUUAUUAAGCAUAAAUAUUAGAAGGAAAAGGCAAAAAAUUGUUGAUUUACCGUUAAAAAACCUAAAAUCAGCAAGUUUAAUUGUUUUUUU